GCCUCAGAGGUUACCCCCUUAUUCGCUGCGUGUCGUUGGCGCUGAUAGCACGCAGGCGAAGAGACGAUGGAACGGUGAUUUGAGGAUAUAUAGCUCGGGUCCAUGCAGCGGCGAACCUGAUCCAUGCGUGGUAUUUGCUGCCGCCAUUUCACGAUGAUGAUAGACGGCUUGAAAUUGCUUCUUGCGGUAGCGGCCCUGCUGCUGCCAGUAGUCUUCGCCAAUCCUGUCUUAAGGAUACAGAAUCCUCUGAUCGCACCGGUACCUACUUGCUACCGCACGAUGCAGAUGAACUAUCAGCCUGCCUUCGACUUUGAUAUGGAUAGCUGCUACAAUGCGCCCGCAGUAGACCCUACUGGGGCUGUCAAUCCUGGUCGAAGUACUUGCGAUAUAAAAAAUCCGAACAAUGCCGUCGAGUGCCGUGUGCCGUCGUACCUUCACAAUAAUAAUGUCUAUGUCCGUUCACGCACCAACAGCGGAUGGACUGCCCAGAUGUACGGUUACUACUUUGAGGUGGAUCACAAAGAGACCUGCUCCGGUCAUCGUCAUGACUGGGAACAUGUAGUCGUCUGGCUAGAGGGGGACGUGGUGAGAUACGUAGCUGCUAGUGCCCAUGGUGACUAUGAGGUACGUCCCGUCCAGGACGCCCUUGAAGUCAACGGACAUACCAAGAUCGUCUAUCAUCGGGACGGGAGCAGCACGCAUGCCAUGCGUUUCGCCAAAGAGGGCGAUGAGCCACCCGAGAACCAUGGCGGGUCUUGGUUCUAUGGAGGCCUGGUCGACUACUACGGGUUCCCCAAUGACGACGUGCGCGCCGCAAUGCUGGCUAAUGACUGGCUGCCGGGCAAGAUCGAUUUUUCUGACGUGCGGUUCGCCGAUGCGCUGGAGUUGGCCAAAGGCGGGUACGACAUUCCCUUGGACGUUGGCCGUGAUGACGAGGGGACGACCUAUCGCCCAUGCUGAGCUUAGCAGAGACGUUUCAUCCAAGUCGGAUCAAGCGGCGGAAACAGAGGUGGGUUUAUGCGGCAGCACGCUUGGCUUGAGGGUAUCCAAGGUGGCCGCUUUGCUCUUUCACCGACCAUAGCUAUGGGUACGUACAUAGCCAAUGUCUCUCAUCUGGCGACAAGAUCAGUGCGGACACUGCGUGGAGCAGCCUGACUUGUGGUACUCGACAUGUAAUAGUUAUGUUGUCGCUACCAUUUCAGUACCGAUUGAAAUGAAUGACGUCUAAUUGCCCGCCAGUUUGGACGCGAUCUCGGUCCGAACAAAGGUCGUGUUUGAUGUGUGUCAAUGUCAUGAAGAGGUAAAUUGGUAGAGCCCGCCCCUUACGUAAUG